AUGGCUAAACGCGGCCCGCAGUCGUCGUUAAACCAUCUAAACUGGAAUGAAAUGGAAGAACCCGAAGAGAAGGGCGAGUUUGCGAAAGCGAGCGACGAUAUUCUAAAACAUCGGGUCAUCAAGAAGGCACGUCGCCGGGUUGCAACGGAUGCUGCAGACAGUACAGCACCAGCCGCUUCCACAUCCGUGUUUGGCGCGUUUAAAGGAUUCGCAUCGACCCCUGUAGCGAAAAGUGUCGACAGGCCGGAUGGUGCGCCAACGUUUUCCUUCCUUUCUAGCCUCGGUGCCGGUGCCGCCAAAACGAACGGAAACGGCACGGCCACCGUAUCGUCCAGCGGUUCAGACAGUAAUGCAGCCGGUUCGACAAAACCAAUGUUCUCGUUCGGUUCCAAUCUGGGCACGAUCGCUACAGCGGAUGCUAAUAAAAAGAUGUUCACCUUCGGCUCAGCGAACGCACUGAAAGCGGACAGUACGGAGGGAGCCAAAAAUGCAUCAUCCACCUCAUCCGGUUUUGGCAUAUCAUCGUCCAAAGAUGGUGAGAAGGAUUCGGGCAAGGGUUUGUUCAGCUUUACCAACACGGCGGCAAGUGCCGGAACGAUGCCAGCCUUCUCCUUCAGUUCGGUACCACCGAAAGCGACCGAUUCCCCCAAGCCGGAAAAGAACUUCACAUUUGGCUCUCCGAUCGGGAACAAAAACGCGGAAUCAGAUACAACGGCAAAGCCUACCUUCUCGUUUGGUUCCAUUGCAGCUAAAACGGGUUCCGGAGAGGCCGACAAGAAGAUGCCCACGUUCGGAUCUCCAAUUGCAGCGAAAGAUACUUCCCUGAAUGCUGCUUCCUCAACGGGCAUGUUCAACUUCGGAUCAAAUGCUGCCAAAUCCGACACUGGGGGCGAUUCGGAGAAGAAAACCUUCACAUUCGGCAGUUCUCCGGCAGCGGCAAAAGAAACGAUAAACAGUUUGGGCAAGGGUACCUUUUCGUUUGGUUCCGUUGCGGCCAAAUCGGAUUCAUCCGAGACGGAAAAGAAGACAUUCGCUUUUGGAGGUUCGCCAGCAGCAACGAAAGAACCGGCAGAUGCUGCACCUCCGACCAAAAGCAUGUUUUCCUUCGGCUCUAAUGCAGCAAAACCGACAGCACCCAUCGAAAUACCCAAAAGGGCAACCGUCACAUUCGGUUCCCCCGCAGGGAUGAAGGAUAUGGCUUCCGCGAAGGGUGCUUUUUCAUUCGGAUCGAUUCCACCAAAAUCAAACGCAGAUGAGGGCGCAGUAAAGAAGGGUGCAUACUCGUUCGGAUAUGUUUCUACUGGCGCAAAGGAUACGGCAGUUACCCCUCCAAAGGAGACAUUUUCUUUUGGGCUUUCCCAACCCACGAACAGCAAUACGGUUGGAACACCAACUAAACCAGCCGAGAGUGAGAAGAAAACGUUUUCCUUCGGAGUUACUUCCCCGUCCAAUGAAACCGCCGCGGACAAACGUAAGGAGGCGGCAACAUUCGCUGCACCGAAGGAAAACAGCGAUGAUACGAUAAAGAAAAUGUUCAGCUUUGCCUCAUCGACAGCAACGCCGAAAGCAGUGGACACUGGGAAGAAAGAUGAGGAAAAUAGGCCUGUUUCAGCUUCGUUCGCAUCCACCACCAAACCAGCUGUAACCGGCGUUGAAAAAACGUUAUGCGUUAAAAGCAACGUCAUUGCACUAAACAAAGCAUUCAUUGCUUGGAUUACUGAAAAGACGAAGGAAAAUGCCUACUGCAGCCUGCUACCCGUGUUCAAAAGCUACGAAACAUAUUUCGAGGAAAUCACGAAAACGGAACAAAGUUGCACUGCCGAAACCAAGACAACCACCACUGCGGAAGCUGCAAAACAACUCUUCGCUAUGUCAAAGCCGGAUGAUGCACCAACUGCGGCCACAUCGGAACAAACGAACGCGCUGGCAAACAAACCAACAACCGACCAGGUUUCGAAAGAACCAGAAAAGCCAAAGGAAAAAACGGGCUUUUUCUUCGGUACUUCAGCAGCGAAAGAAUCACCGACCACAGCGAAACCAGUGGCACCCGCUGCGGCUGCUGCUCCGACCGGUUUCAUGUUCGGUGGUACGGCGAAGCCACUAACGUUUGGAGCAUUCUCAACAGCAGGCAAUACCACCAACAUCACAGCGACGACCAACAACUUAUCGUCGGUGUCCACCACGUCACCAUCGUUCUUUGCCGGUGCGUCCACAUUCGCCAGCAAAGCCCUGUCUCCCGGUGGGUUUACGUUUGGCGGUGUCGUUAAGCCACCAGUUCCGGAUAGUAGUGCGGCCAACGACAAGGACAGUGCCGGUGGUGGUGAUGGUGGGGAAGCCGAUGAGGAUGAACCACCGAAGGUAGAAUUCACACCGGUAGAAGAAAAGGACAGUCUAUACUCCAAGCGCUGUAAGCUGUUCAUCAAAGCUGACGGCUCAUACUCCGACCGUGGUGUGGGCACCCUCCACGUAAAGAUGGUGGACGGAAAGGUGCAGGUGUUGGUGCGUGCGGAUACGAGCCUGGGCAACAUCCUGCUUAACAUCAUCCUAAACGAAUCGGUACCGCUUCAGCGUUUGGGAAAGAAUAACGUCAUGAUGAUCUGCUUACCGACACCGGACGCCAAGCCACCUCCAACAUCGGUUCUGCUGCGUGUAAAGACUACCGAGGAGGCGGACGAACUGUACGAAAGUUUGUUGAAGUAUAAGCCGAAAUAG